GUUGGUACAAACAGCCGCCACGACUUAGCUUUUCUCCCACGCCACGAAUUCAUUUUUCUUCUCACAUUUCAAUUUCUCCAUGCAAAAAUACUAGUAUUAUUAUUAUUACUAAUAAAAAGUCAAUUUUUCCACCUCCAAGAAUCGCACAAAACCCCUAGAAAUUUCCAUCAAUUUUAAUACGAAAAAGAAAAUUAGUUCAGCCCCAAGAGAUACCCAAAUUUCCGCCUCCAGAAUCACAGAAAACAUUAGGAAUUUCAAUUGAUUCCUAUACAAAGACAAAAAGCUGUUCUGUUCAACCAAAAGCUACAAUUUUUUAAUUGAAAAAUUGAUGAUGGGAUCAUCAUCAACGAAACAGGGGUUGCCAUCAUGGAUAGGGGCAGCCACUGCAACAAGAACCACCACCGUUGAAUUCGACAAAAACGUGCCCGUUUCUGGUGGCGACACGUCAUCACCAGAGCCUCCUUCACAUUCCAACCACUUUACCGAUGUGAAUUUGGGUUUUGGAGAGAGGGCUAUUUCCGCCGCCGGCGCCGCCGUUCUCUCCGCUAUCCUCGUCAACCCCCUUGAUGUUGCCAAGACAAGGUUGCAAGCUCAGGCUGCUGGUGUCCCUUAUAACAGCCUGUGUAGUUUGGGACAUGUUCAUGCGAAUACAGUGCUGACAGGUGUGAAGAACAACUCCGCAGGGACGCGUGCUGUUCUUGGUGCUGAACCAACAUGUACCCCAGAUUGUUUCAGAUAUAAAGGAACACUUGAUGUCUUUUUUAAAGUAAUACGUGAGGAAGGAUUUACCAGAUUGUGGAGAGGCACUAAUGCAAGUCUAACAUUGGCAAUCCCUUCUGUGGGGAUAUAUUUGCCUCUUUAUGACAUUUUCCGCAACUAUAUGGAAGAGUAUACAUUACGUAAUCUACCAAUUGCUACACCAUAUGUCCCUUUGGUAGCAGGAUCCUUAGCACGUUCCAUUGCUUGCAUCACUCUCUAUCCAGUUGAGCUUGCAAGGACACGUAUGCAGGCGUUCAAAGACACAAAAAAUGGUGUGAAGGCCCCAGGAGUGUGGAAGACGUUAGUUGGGGUCGUUUCUCCAGUCAAUAGUGCAAACAGCUAUCAUCAAAAUUCAAUGCAAGCCUACCGCCUCCUCUGGACUGGUCUAGGGGCACAACUAGCUCGUGAUGUUCCUUUCUCUGCAAUUUGCUGGUCUACUCUUGAGCCAGUUAGGAGGAAGCUACUAGGCCUGGUGGGAGAUGAAGCAAGUGCAAAAACUGUCCUUGGUGCAAACUUCUCUGCUGGAUUUGUUGCAGGAAGUCUUGCAGCUGCUGCAACAUGUCCUUUAGAUGUGGCAAGAACUAGAAGACAUAUAGAGAAUGAUCCUGAACGAGCACUGAGAAUGACCACGAGACAAACGUUGGUUGAGAUAUGGAGGGAUGGGGGAUUUAAGGGGUUGUUCACUGGAGUUGGCCCCCGAGUUGCUCGAGCUGGACCUUCAGUUGGGAUUGUUGUUUCCUUCUACGAGGUGGUAAAAUAUGGUUUGCGCCAUAGGCAUAUGCAUCGGCAGAGCGAAGGUGCUGAUUUAUAGCAUUGUGAUCUAGCUUCCAAGCCAAUGAGGCAAAUGAUAUUAGCAGAAUUUGUACCAAUAAGAGAGGCUGAAGAGCUAAAGGUUGAUAUUCGAUCAAGUGUAAUAUACUGAAGACCUUGACUGUUUCAGCGAUUUGGCUCAUCACAGGGUAGUUCCUUCUAGCCAAUUUUGCCUGUGAGGCUUGAAGGUUGAUUUAUUCAAGCAAAGCUUAGAAGUUUCUCCAGUGGUGGAGCUGUAUAUCUGGUUCAUAAAUAGGCAGCCAUUUAUGCCUUGUUACUUUGUAAAUUCAUAAUCCUUCUCCCACUGUCCUAUUGUCGUACAUUCAAAUUAAUAAGAAGAGAAAAGCAACUGUACCCUUGUGUAUUUCAGAAACCUUGUACAAGUAAAGCAAAGAAACUAUUCUGAUU